CACUGACUGCGUUCUCGGUGUUUUCCACUUGCUUACCGGCGUUUGUGCCGCGUACUUGUGAGCGUGUUUCGUUCGUCUCGCGCGUCCAAGUUGCGACUUUUCCGGAAAAUGUGAACGACAAACCGGCUGUUUUGUGAAAACUGUGCCCGUUUUGUUCGGUUUUUCGCAGCAACUGCGUGCCGGAGUUUUGGAUGACUUUGCGCUUGAAUCCACAAUGUUUGUUUCGGUAAUUUAAGGCCCCAAAAGUGAUAUGCUUGCAGUAUUGGCUUGCGGUUCAGUGCGCUCGAAUAAAAAUGCCGUUCGUGCAAAGGGUUGUGGAACCCAAGUACCUGUCGAGAGUGACUCUGUUCAACGAAAAUGGUACCCCCAAAGUCUCAGAUGGGGAGUUGGAAGCUGUCACAAAUUUUACGCUUUGCAAUGCGCUCAGGCAACUUGCGUCGCUGUCGCUGAUUGCUGACGACAUUUUCAAGGAAUUGGGUUCUCAGCUGCGAACCGUCUAUAAGCGAUGUGAGGUGGUGAGAACCCGAAUUAGUCUCGUGGAUGAGAAGCUGGCCCAGUUCGAUCCCAAAAAGGUUCCUGUGCCUGUUGGUGACAUCUGCUCCUUUGCCCAGACCAAGGAGCACUAUGCCGCCAAACACCCAUUGGACACUAAUUUAUUCGGUGCGGACACGCGACCUGACAGUCUCAAAGCCCUCUAUGAGGCUGCCACCAAGACGCCAGUGCAUGCGAUGCGCCAAUUGGAUCGAUGGCGACGAGACGGGCAUCGGUCUUCACGAUUCUUCGUUUGCACUCCCGUUUUGGGAGCUAAACGGAGGAAGAUCCGGGCCAAAGUCAACAUCGAAAUCGAAACCCGAAUGCCGGCCGUUGUGGAAGAUCUUCGGCGAUGGACCUCAGAUGAAGCAUUGGGCGAUGUGACGGUCGGCACCAACUGCAACAGCCACAUCACAGCGACUUUCAGCGAUGGCGAUCAAACGGACGGUGGCAUCGCCUCAGAUGAAGAACCCCUGGAUCACAAGUUACCUUCGCCUGAAGAACAGCUUCAAAUCGUCGCCUUAAGGUUCCCUGCCCAACUGGUGGCUGUAGAUAUAUCGGGCCGGAGUUUCGACCGGAUGUCCAUGCAAAGACGAUCGCUGAUGAGUGGAGAAGUGGUUAAUCAGACUGUGGAUGGGGACACAGUGAGGAGGCGAGGAAGAACGAGAAGGCCCAGAAACAGGAGGAGGAACACCCUGGCGGGAACCGACCAGAAGGAGAUCCAGAGCGCGAUAACUGCAGGGGCCGAUCUGCCAUCUCCAGACAGUACCGCCCGAGAAGAGGCCCGAAAUGUUCCAGCCACGGUACCCCGAAGCAAGAGCAGCGACUUGCUGCGCUCCAGCGGUGGCAAGAAGGAGUCGCCCGAUGUGAAGAUAUCGCGCUUCAACAGCUUGAAGCAAUGGGGCAAGAGCCAGUACGAGAAGUUGCGCAACAAAAGUGUGGAGAAGAGCGAGACCAGCUCGGGCGGACACAAAAGCCGAGUGGCCUCGGCUGAGGACGGUUUGGACGACUUCAACCUGUAUGAAACGGUGACGAUGAAGAGGAGGAGGGACUUGGAUAAAGAGCGCAAAACGCAUGAGAGGAACUCCUCUAUAUCCAGCUCGGAAAAGUCGGUGCCUGCCGCGACUUUGUCUUCGGUGAUGAAUAUUGCUGUGAAGCUGCGGGACAGCUCGCUGCAGCGCCGGCGACGGCAGGGGAACAAGGACGAGCCGAAUUCCUCCAGUGGGAACUGGAGCGCCAGCUCGGAGAGCGGGCGGGCCUCCAUCGGCUCAGAAAUAACCUCCACCACCCACCCCAAAAGUACCACCUCAGCUGCGACCAGCAGCAACUCAUUGAACCACCCCCCCAGCUCGGUUAAUUCGCGCAGAAGAUUCAACUUCAACAACUCAACAUCUGGCAGUGUGACCAGCGAGGGCAGCACGUUGACCCCCGACAUCAUCCACGACCUGCAUGAGGAUGGCGACUCGGUCUAUUCAUGCGAUACCGAAGGCUACUACACGUCCUUCCACAUGGACAGCGGCCUUAAGACCUUAAAGGAGGAGGACCUCACGUCGCCAGCCUUGCAAAGCAGCGGCGGCUUCAGCAAUUCUGGCUCAAACCACACAGUGCUUUCCGCCGAGAAUGAGUACGAACUGUUCGGCAAAGGGUCCACAUCAACAACGACCAGUUCCGCUGGCACCGUCUGCACAAUGCUUCGAGCUGCUGAGAGCAACCGGAGCCUUGUGAUUGGCCCGGCGGUGCCUGAGCGCAAGAGCUCUCUGUCCAAACUCUCCACCAGAACCCCCGAGGACUCAAUGGAGCGGGAUUAUGGCGAUAAGACUGGAACAGUGAAGCGAAGCCCCGCUCUAUCGCAGGCCAAGGUGGCAAAGGAGACUGCUGGCGAUGUUUCUCCGGAUAGUGGGCACAACACCUCCAGCUCGCCUAUUGAGAGCGUGUCCAGUCCAAACGGGCUGCGGAGCGGCUCGGAUUUCGAGUUCUCUGAAAGCUCCGACAUGGAGGGCCCGGAGAGGAUUGAGCGGAUUAGAGUGAAAACCACCAUCAACUCCAGCAGGAUUCCGUCGAUGUGCGCCAUCACUCCCUCGCAGAGCGAUGACGAAAGCUCCAGCAACGCCUCCUACAAGAAGCAGAUCGAGGUGAAUAACUUGAGGAACAACAUGGAGCUAGUGGGGCUGAAGACCACGCAUAGUAAGUUCAGUUUGAAUCCGCAAACCGGGUAUGUGACUGUGGAGAAGGUGGACCAGCCCGAUGGGGUAAAGGGGAGAGCUUCGCUGCGCUCUGCGUCCCCGAGCGGAGGCAGCGUGAUAAUCAAACCAGAAGCACCGCCGUCCAAACCUAUGCAGCCUGCGAUCAAGUCCAGCCUGCUGCCAUUGAACAGCAUGCUCGGCAAGCUGAGGAUCAACUUAACGAACUUCGCCUCCAGGCGAGAUAAAAGCCCCAGCCAGAAACAGCCAGACGAUCCCAGAGAUGAACCUUUGGACGAAUACGUAACUCUGGCAGACGUGCACAACAACAACGAAAAGUACUCGGCAGAGGAACGGAACAUCUAUGCGAAUGACUUGGUGAACAGGAACCUGAAGACUGUCCUCAGUGGCAAGAUCAGGGAUAUGGAAUACGUGUCCCUUAACGAGCUGCCUGCCCUGGACAACAACAACUUCGUGAAUACUCCCAAUGCAGACUCUCUGGAGAGAAAUCGCCGCUGCGGCGCCAGAGUGCUGCUGGACGCAGAAGGAAAGGUGGUCUACAGCUCGGACAGUCUUCGCAGACGCACAGCGCCCACUAGUUUCGAGCCAGGUCCGUUCGUUAAAACCUCCAGCCCCUGCGGAAGCCCGCAAAUGAUGAGGACAUCGAAACCGAUCCGUCCACCGCCCAACAGUAACGAUCAGAUGAAGCUGAACAUUCCUCAGACUGAGUUCCACCGUCCAAUGUCUCCGACCUCCGGCAACAAAGUGAUUAUCAAAGCGUCGGGCGAUCCUCCGGAGAUUGUUCGCACGCCUGCAGCAGUCGUGCAACCGGCCAGCCCCAAAAUGAGGCCGAUGAGCCCCAAAGGGGCGUACGUGCACGUUCAGGCACCGGGAGGACUGCUGUCGCCGCAAGAAUUCAAAGAAGGCGUAAUUCCUCCAGCUUCCCCGCAAAAGCCGAUCCAGCCCCCCAAAGACACCAUGUUCGGUUACGCUAAGAAUGAGCCGUAUUACCACCCUCAGCCGAACUAUUACUCCACCUUGCCGUCGAAGAAGACUCAGUAUUUCUCCUACGACUUGCCGCCCGAGCGGAGCGUUACUCCAGAUAUUACCAGAGGCCUUGAUAGAGCCUAUAGAAACGAGCAACAGUUGCUGAGCAUGGCGGAAAUUGGCAUCCCCGUGAGCGAGCUGAAGGAGGACAUGUAUGGGAGCGCUAGAUCUCGAAGCCCCAGCUAUAGAUACGACCAUUCGUCCCGAAGCCUCGCGCAGGAGGAUUCAUUGAAGAUCUCCCCGAUCGACCCCAGACACUCUGGGGGGUUCAAGUCGUCCACUCCUUCGCAAAUGAGGGCGGCGGAAAACCUGGAAACCAGACUGCUGUCGCCCAAGAGAAGCACCAUGUCCAACGAGGAGCUUUACGCAGUCAUUCACAAGACCAAGAAGAAGCUGAAUAUUGAGGACGACCUCAAUAGGACUUCGCCGCCCUUGUGCGGCCCCAGGGAACCCGACAGCAGCACCCCGAAGAAAGUGAGCGUUGAGACGGGGUACAUCGGCUCAAGGCAAAGCUGGUCGCCCUCCAAAGGCGAAUACAUCGACUUUAACGCGGACAUUGAUAAAUUCUCCCCCAUAAAUCAGUCGCGAACGCGACAGAGUUGGGCUUGCAACGACCGCAAGGGCUCUAAAAAGACUUCGACGUUGGACUUUAAGAAGCUGCUGCUGCAGAAAAGUUCCUCCUUGUCUGGGAACAAGAAGAUAUCGGCGGUGGAACAGCUGAAGCUCUCCAAACAGCAGAUGCUGAAGGCUCCAGCUGCUAAAUCCAACGAUAUGACCAUUCUGGACUUGAGUGCUUCGCCUAGAAGCUUGGUGAAUCGCAAAACUUUCAAUAAUCCUCCGGGCAGUCCGGAGCGCGGGACUGUUAAGCCAGUGCCAAAAAUCCUGAGCCCGAGGUCGCAGUGGAGGUUCACGAACCCCCGAAGCGACGUGCUUUCUUCGACCAUUAUGGAGGACUGCAGGGAGGAUGAUACGAGCAGUAACGCCUCAAAAAGCUCCCUGGAGAAGCGCGUUAGAGACCUCACCGUCCAAAGCAGUCCAGCGCCAGGCAAAAAGCUAACUUCUUUGCCGGAAAGCAGCAAAAGCGAGCAGCUGAGGACGGUUGAGCAGAAUCAGAGUACAAAAUAUAUGUCUGUAAGCGAAAGAAUGUCCGCUCAAAGAGUCAAGUUUUUUGACAAUGCAAACCAAAAUAACGAAAGUUCAAAAGUUAACAAACUACCACCCACUUUAGAGACUGCAUUUUAAUAGCCAAAAAUAGCUUUAAUCGAGAGGAGGCCUAAGGAGUCGAUUCCGAUUUUCCCAAGAGAUUUUUUAAAACUUUUACAGUAUUUUCAUUGCGACAACGCAUUAUGAGUAUAUAGGGUGAGCUUUCUUCUAUGCAUAGGGGACACUUCACUAUUCAGUCAAGGGUCUCUUUGGUGUUGCAAAGUCAAAGAAACAGAGAUUAUCGGGGUUUUUAGGCCUUCGAAAGCCUGUAAAAGUGCUGUUCAUAAGUGAACUCUUGUGUGAGUAUAAGAGAUGCAAUGAGAUCGCUAUGCAUGAAAAGUCCUCACCCCAUAUUUAUUGCUCAGUUACAUUUGUUUGAAGGUAUUUACGUGUGUAGAAUCAGUAAUCACACCCGCGUUUAUUAAUGUUUGAGUAUUCGCUAUGUUAUUUUACUUAGAAUUACUUGCUAGUUAUAUGGUUUCAGUAUAGGCUUAAAUACCGAUAAGCACCAGAAAAAGCGAUUUUUAAAAAGGUUGUUUCUAGUCUCUCACUUGUGUAAAUCAUGCCCUUCCCAGUGUACAAAGCAUUUGCAAUUGCCUAAGCGAUUUUCCGAAUUUCCAUGCAUUUCCAUUGUAAGAUAUUUUCCGAUUAUUUAUAUUUAAAUAGAAAGCCUAAUAUAUUACAUUUUGUACAUAAAUUAUGAAUAAAAUCCCUUGAAAAUAUAUGCCAGAAUGUUUA